GAGAGUCGGUGUCAGUCGGCUGUCAAUAACAGUGACACCGACCAAAGCUGACCCCUCUCUCCUUCUCCCUUCCUGCUUUCCCUUUCAUUUUGGAAAAACAACAACUUUUGGGUGGUCCCUUUUUUCGGUUGUUUGGUAUUUCUUCCUUUUAGCUUUUUCCUUCGUCCUGCUGACUGCGCCAUGGACUUUGGAUCUGAGCUUAUCUUCCACUGUGUGAGCUGGUUACAGGAAGUAGGACGGUUGUGUCUGGCCCACCGAUCUGAACAGUAGGAGCGGCGGGUUCAACAGGUCACAUCCUGGCAUUAGCAGCCCUUUGAAUCAUGCACCAAACUCCAGCGUCUUACUCCCAGUGUAUAUCGGAGGGCGGCCGAUCGUCUUCAAUCGCCCGCCGUGGCUCCUCGGGCUCCGGGCACACCUCCACUCCCGCCGUGACACCGACCUCCGGCCCCACCGCGACUCACACCACCAGCAGCAACAGCUCCAGUAACAAUGCUGCCGCCAAAGCCGUUGUUUGCGUUGCAGACUCGUUGCUCUUCAACAGGAUGGACGAGCGACAGAGGUUAGCCCGCGAGCGCCGGGGGGAGCGUGAGAAACUGAACGCUGUCAAGGAGGCCGAGUGGCAGGCACGUGAGGAGCGAGCCCGGCUGCAGUUUGAGAAGCAGGUGGAGGAGAGGAGGAGAAGGCUGGAGGAUCAGCGAGUGAAGGAGGACAGGAGGCGGCUCGCCGUGGAGGGGAAACGACGGCAGAAACUGGAGGAAGACAAGGCUCGUCACGAGGCGGUGAUCGGUCGGACGUUGGAGAGGAACCAGAAGACCAAACAGAAGCCCAACCGGUGGUCUUGGGGGGGUCCGCUGCAGACCAACACUCCCAGCACGCCAGCCGGUUAUGUCGAGUCGGCUUUCCUCUAUCCACUCGACCUUGCCGGACUGGAGCACAUGCAGGGUGCUUUCAGUCUCUCCCGCAGAUACGGAGUGACCUCCCAACAUGCUGAACGGCGGUCAGUUUCCACAAUGAAUUUAUCCAAACACACAGACCCUGUUUUUACAAAGCGCCUCUCCUAUUCCUCUGCUACACUCCUACAUUCACCGGACCGAGGCUUACAGAUGAGAACAGCCUCCUCCCCUGUCAUUAGCAAAUCUGAGUCCAAACUCCGCCUACACCAGGGAAAGACCACCCAACACAAAAACACAGGCCUGCGCUGUCUCCCCUUGACGCCGUGGGAAAGCAACGUGGUGAACCGCCUGCAGCAGCCGACGCAUUCCUACCUGGCUCGCAGCCGCAGUGCCAUGAGUCUCUCUGGAGAGCAAACCGCCAUGCCUGUUUGUCCUCGCUCAGUGUCCUGCCACCCCAUGGGCUCCAUGUCCUUCAAAGCCCUGCAGGCCCCGCCGCUUCCUCUCUGCCGCAGCCAGGAGAGGAGCCUCAGCAGGGGGGCGGUCUCGUCGUCGUCGUCCACCACCACCGCUCGCAGGAAGACCACCGGCACCACACAGCAGAAGGACCGAGACAAUACCAGGAAGUCAUGGAGCAACCUGUCUCUCCCAUUGGCUCCCAUUCUCACUUUGCCCCCCAAAAUGCCACCAUUCAAGAAGAACAGAAAGGGGACAUCGCCCUCUCCUGGCAGGCCUCCAAUAAAGUCAGCAGGGCGCCCGUCAACUCCCAGGCAGCUUAAGUCGCCCGGGGCGGACGACCCUGGAAAUUUCCGUCCUUUCAGAGUCCCGGAGAGCCACCAACCAAUCAGAGCCCCGAACGGCAGGGGAGAAGAGCAGGCUCUCGGUCCCCUUCAGCCUCGACCGCAGCCACUGGGUCAGAACAAGACCAGUGGCGAGCACACGGCACCAGCAGCAAGCGAGAGAAUAAGCAGUCCUUCAGCACACAAGCCCUCAGCAGGCACCACAGAUCCAGAGGAGGCGAGUCGUAUCCUGGCUGUGAAUCGGCGCCUGGCCCGCGAGCAGAGGGAGAAAGACGAGGGGGAGCGAAAGCAACAGGAGGAGCAGAGGAGGUUGGCGCAAGAGGAAAUGGCUCGCCGCAAGGGCGAGGAGCGAGUCAAGAGAGAGGAAGAGGCUCAGCGACAGGCGGAGGAGACGAGAAAGAAUAAGGAGGAGGAGGAGAGGAAGGGGGCGGAGGAGAGACUUCAGAAAGAGAGGGAGGAGGCAGAGAGACUCCUGAAACAGAAAGAGGAGGAAGAGUCCCGACAGAGAAAAGAGGCGGAGCAAGUGAGGCAGGAGAGAGAGAAACACUUCCAGAAAGAGGAGGCCGAACGCCUGGAGCGGAAAAAGCGUCUGGACGAGAUCAUGAAGAGAACCAGACGCUCGGACACAGCAGAGAAGAAAGUUGUUCCCAACAGGAACGGAGACGGUGCUGUGACACCUGCCGCUCCGAGUCCAUCUGCAGUGACGGCGUCCCCGACGCACAACGGCAACGAUCACCAACCUGAGCCCGACGCCACAGCACUGAGCCGUUCGGACCAGCGGGAGAACGGGGAGUUUGAAGAGGUGAUCGUACUGCCUCCACAUUCCAGGUUGUCUCCCCCUGAGGGAGAGGAGGAGCAGCAGCAGGUGGAGGAGAGAGUUCCCAUCCUGGCCUUCAGGAAGAACGGCCUCCUGAAGCCUCUGAGUGGAUCAGAGGAUAUCUCAGCCCAGCAGGGAGCAGAUGUUGCCUGAUGCCCAGUCGGCCCGAGAUGAUUCCACACCCACAGAGACAGGAAGUGAGAUGGCCAGAGAGAGCUGUUGGAUUGAACCGAAGGAAGGAUUCUUUGGUAGCAGCAGCUUUCUCCGUCUCGCACGACAGAAGAGCACCGCAGCCAUUUCCCAAAGAUCUCCCCAAAGCAUCUUCAGAGAGGAAGCUUCUUUUCCCUCAACAGACUAUGGGAAAAUCGAUCGUCUCUCUAUAACUCGAUUACACUCCGUCACAAAGUUCUGUGUGCAGCCCCAACUACCCCUGAUUCUGAAGUGAAUGUCUGGAAAUCACAGGAGGUUUCAAUGCCCAUUCCAUUUUGUGACUCCUGUGUUUUGUAUGUGUGUGUGUGGGUGGGCGAGAGACUAAUAAUGACGUAAACUGAGAUCAGCUGUAAAGCCUUCAGCUGUGAUACUUGAAGAGAUUUUAGACACGCUGUCAUCGGAUUGAGGUUAGCAACGGGACGUUUGAACUGGAACUCGCACAACUGGCUCCGAAUUACAAGGUUUCAUUCAUGCCUUUUGCUCUCUUUUAACCUCAUAACUAUAGAUUUUCAAUGUUUACAUUGAAAUGUUACAGAUGAAAUGGGAUGAGGAAUAACGUCGGUGCAUGAAGUUGUAUUAAAACUCCAGGAAAGCGUUAUGUAAUGUAAUAUAUUGUCGCUGUGUCGCCAGUGUUUCAGACUAGAGGUUAUUAUUGGGGUGAGGCAGGGGCGCUGGAGUAUUAAGGAGUUUAAGUUAAAUAAUGACAAAAUGAAAACACGGUCACCUGAGAAUUAGUGUGUAAACUACUGAUUUAUGUUUGUUUAGUUUUAUUUAAUUGCUGUACAGAUGAAAUGUGAUUCUUUGUUUGGUCCUCAAUGCCAUCUUUCUGUUUAAGUUGAGAGCAAAAAAGAAAAGAAUGUGCUUUGACUUUAAGUCCGGCCCUUUCCUUUCACUAGAUGCCCCUUUUACAUUUACCCGGUACUGCAAUGUCGGAGAGUCCGCUGUAGCUUUGCCCCCUUGUGUUGGGAGGUGGCAAAUACUAAAUGGUUUCAAAUCAUUUGACGGUGAUGUUUGAUCUUUGUAAGAAAGGAUUCGAGAAGAAAUGCUGCUAACGUUGACGUUCCGUUGCCUUACGCAUUAUAGAAUGAGGGGACACUGAAAUUUAGUUAUGAAUUCCCAGCGUGAGCUUCGACGUGCUGACCUCAUGCCAGCGGCUUCCGCUGCUUGAUUUAUAUUAAGUUAAUGAAUACUCAUGAUGAAAAGUGAUAUCAUAUAAAGGCUGUACUGUCAACUGGUUGUUAUAGAACUUUUCAUGAAUGAAAAACAAGAGAGGGGGAUUGAUGUAAACCACUGGAACCGAACCAUUACACUUCUGUCAGUCACUUCCAGUAACGCUGCUCUCUUGGAAUUUUUCUCAAACCGUUGCACUUCUUUUUCCUCUUUGUUCAAAUCGUUCAGUACCACCAAAAAGGAGGGAAACUUCUCGGCGACGUAGUGCUGGUUUCCGCCAGCAGUACGACGCGUUCAACUUGACUUAAUAAAUUGCUUGUAAAUAAUAUUCUACAUAUCCUAUAAAUUAUGUUUAAAAGCCAAAAUAUUUUGCUAAGACUGACCACGAGGCUCGGAAAACUAACACGCCCUUAACUUCACAAGAGGCUGUGGGAUAAGAUCUUUGGACCACUGUAAAGCUGUACUGUUUGGCAGGUAAAUAAAACUUUUUGAAAUGAUUAUACUA